AUGCCCACCACGUUUGCCAAACAGGCACCCGAGCCUGUCGUGGGCGAUGUUUAUUUCUAUCAUCUCAACAUGAUGAUAUCAGGAGUUUGCACUGCACUUGUCUGUGUGAUCAUUUUCGGCCUCAUGUUUUGGCACUCAAUACAUUUGAGCAAGCCAAGAGAGCAGAUCAAAAUUAUGAAAAUAUGCUUGCUUCUUCCGCUAUACGCCGUUGUAUCUUUUCUCUCCAUUUGCUUCCCACACGCCUACGCAUCAUUGGACCCAUGGCUUGACUUCUUCCAAGCCUGUGCGCUGGGGACUUUCUUCUUACUCAUGUGCCAGUUCAUUGCAAGCGAUUCUCAAUGUGACGUAAACGUCUUUUUCGCGGCUUUUGAGGCACCUCAAAAGUCUGGCAAAUCCCAUGUAACGGGAUUGGAAUGGUUCCGAAAACAAUGGAUUGCUAUCGUUCAGUAUCCAGUAGUCUCACUACUCGUUGCUGUUGCAACCGAUAUCACCCAAGCGGCUAAAAUUUACUGCCUAGACAGCAACAAACCCUAUUUUGCACACAUUUGGUUGAUGGUUAUUUCCACAAUCUCGGUAGCAGUUGCUGUUUUGGCUGUUUUAAAAUUCUACAAAUCCCUCAAGACAUUUUUGGCAUCGCAUCAGCCGCUCGCAAAGUUGCUGGCCUUCAAAUUGAUCGUCGGUCUAGCGUUCCUCGAAUCAAUCAUUUUUACAAUUCUGCGAACCACCAAUGUUUUGAAGGAAACCUCAACUCUCAGCUAUGCAGACGUCAACAUUGGUAUUCCCAACCUUGUCACCUGUCUUCAGAUGGUCCCAUUUGCUCUAUUUUUCCCCUACGCUUACCGUACCUCGCCUUACAUCGGUGCUGGUCCCUACCAGGGUGGAUUCCUUGGCUACCGAGCCUGGAUUGGAGUAUACAACCCAAUGGAGUUACUUCACGCAAUCAAGUUUGCCUUUGGCAUGGCGACCGAGAUGCGCAAGCAGGGUGGCGACUCCGGCGACUCGCUUGUUCAAGGACGAACGUCGUACUCCCCUCCGACUGCGCCCCCGUACACGUACCAUAACUUGGACUCUACGAGUACGGCAUACGAGCAGGCGUAUGAUAUGGGCAAGCCGAUCCGCUAA